GGCUAGUGUGCGAGAUGACCCAUAAAGGAAGCCCCACCACCGACGAGAGCCCCAGCGAGCGGCCUCUUCGUGUGUCUACCUUUUGUUACCUAACUUAGUGUAGAAGCAAGAACCGGCAAAAUGACCGUCCCUCUCAUCAAGGUUGUCAACUCCACCACCGGCGCCGAGGUCGCCCUCCCCGCCGUCUUCUCGGCCCCCAUCCGUGCUGAUGUCGUGAACUUCGUCCACACCAACCUGGCCAAGAACAAGCGCCAGCCGUACGCCAUUUCCGACAUGUCCGGCCACCAGCACUCCGCCGAGUCCUGGGGUACCGGCCGUGCCGUCUCUCGUAUUCCCCGUGUCGCUGGUUCCGGUACCCACCGCGCUAGCCAGGGUGCUUUCGGUAACAUGUGCCGUGCCGGUCGCAUGUUCGCCCCCACCAAGGUCUGGCGCCGCUGGCACCGCAACGUCAACGUGAACCAGCGCCGGUUCGCCGUUGCCUCUGCCAUCGCUGCCUCCGCCGUGACCCCCCUGGUCCUGGCUCGCGGCCACCGCGUCGAGCGCGUUGCCUCCAUCCCCCUGGUCAUCGACAACUCUGCCCAGUCCAUCGUCAAGACCAAGGACGCCAUCGCCCUGCUGGCCAAGCUCCACGCCCUCAAGGACAUCAACAAGGUCAAGGCCACCAAGAAGAUCCGUGCCGGUCGCGGUAAGAUGCGCAACCGCCGCUACGUCCAGCGCAAGGGUCCCCUUGUCGUCUUCUCCGAGGACAACGGCAUCGUCAAGGCCUUCCGCAACAUCCCCGGUAUUGAGCUCGCCCAUGUUGAGCGCCUGAACCUCCUCCAGCUCGCCCCUGGUGGUCACCUCGGCCGCUUCAUCAUCUGGACUCAGGAUGCCUUCACCAAGCUCGAUGAGGUCUACAAGACCCAGAAGGCCGGCUACACCCUGCCCGAGCACCUCCUGACCAACCCCGACGUCACCUCCCUCCUGGCCUCCCCGGAGAUCAAGGCCGUCCUCAAGGCCCGUGGUCCUUCCAAGACCAAGCGCGCUUUCCGCAAGAAGAACCCCCUCACCAACCUCGAGGCCAUGCUCCGCCUGAACCCCUACGCCGCCGAGUACAAGAAGGUCCAGCAGGCCAAGACCGCCUCCAAGGCCUCCAAGAAGGAGGGCGCCAAGAAGAACAAGAAGUUCGCCUCCACCAUCACCCACGCUUAAGUGUCUUGCCUUCGCCUAGGCAUCCCCCUUCGGUGUGUGUGUCUGCGUGAGCGUGCAAUGUGGUGUGCGCAUCGCUUGCCGCGCGCGUCGUGCGCAUGUCGUGUGUCUCACGCUGCUUGCAUGUUUCUUCUUUCACCCCCCUUUUGCGCCCUGUGUAUAUGCGUGUUUGUGCGUGUACGCGCUCGGUGCAGCUCCACCCCCCCUCCGGGCUCUUGUGUUUUCUCAAUACAUUUCCCACUUUUCCCCA